UAGACUAACGCGAUCUCCUCUGCUCAUCAACCGAACGUGCUCUGUGACAAACAGGGCACUCACACUAGCUACAGGAAACAGCUGAUCUAGCUAGGAAGUUAACCCGAAGCAGUCAACUGCGCAAUAGAAACGACCCCGUCCAUAACAAUACAGGGAUUUGAAAACAUUGGCAAAACAGGUAUUUAGAAAUGAGCAUGAGGGACACGGAACUGAAGAUACGCUUCACACCCGGACACGUAGAGGUAGUACAGGAGAGCAUCGAUACCCCGUUUAAGCGCGUCCUCGUGACUGGUGCCACGGGUCUCCUCGGACGCGCGGUCUACAGAGAGUUCCAGAACAAUGGCUGGCACACUCUGGGGUGUGGCUACAGCCGGGCACGACCCCGCUUCCUCAAGUGCAACUUAAUGGACGAGGAUGCUGUGCGCGGGGUUAUCCAGGACUUCCAGCCCCAUGUGAUCGUACACUGUGCUGCGGAGCGAAGGCCAGACGUGGUGGAGAGACAUACCGAGGCGGCCAUGAACCUCAACAUCCACGCGUCCGCUACGCUCGCCAAGGAGGCCGCCGGGAUUUUCCUCAUCUACGUCAGCACUGACUACGUGUUCGACGGACGUAACCCUCCCUACGGGGAGAACGACGCUCCCAACCCGUUAAACAUGUACGGGAAAUCCAAACUGGAGGGCGAGAGAGAGGUCCUGAGACAUAACCCAACCGCGGCGAUCCUCCGCAUACCCAUCCUGUACGGAGAGGUGGAGCGCGUGGAGGAGAGCGCGGUCACGGUCCUGUGGAACCGGGUUCAGGAGGGCGUGGAGAGCAGCACGGUGGACCACUGUCAGCAGAGGUUCCCCACCUACACCGGCGACGUGGGCCGCGUCUGCAGGCUGAUGGCCGACCGCAGGCUACAGGACCCGUCUCUGCGGGGGAUCUUCCACUACUCGGGCACGGAGCAGAUGACCAAGUACGAGAUGGCGUGUGCCAUCGCCGACGCGUUCAGCCUACCCAGCAGCCACCUGAUCCCGCUGACGGAGCAGCCAGCGGGGGCAGGGGCCCAGAGACCCCAGAAUGCCCAGCUGGAGUGCUCGCGGCUGCAGUCUCUGGGGCUGGGGGUGGAGCCCACGCCCUUCCGGACCGCCAUACGCGACAGCCUCUGGCCCUUCCUGUACGACAAGCGCUGGAGGCAGACCGUCUUCCACUGAGGAGGGGGCCCGGGGCCCGUCUGCGCACUGAGGUGGCCGGGGGCCACCCAUACAACAUUGACCCCCCACCCCAACGUCCCCUAGGACAGUUUCCGUGGCUUGUAAUGUGACUCUAAGUGAACUGAGCCCUGGCCGGCUUGCGAUGUUCGUCCUGCUCUGCUCCCUGCUUGGUGAACACAGUCCCAGCUCUUUCUGCUGCACGUUUCAGCUCUGGCACGUAUUAUUACUCUGACCAGGGUUCUUUUUUUCUACAGUCCCCCAGUGUUAGCGUUCCUCCAACUGCAAGCUCAGAACUCUCCUCUCAACUUUUCAUUUGAAAAAUGUUCUUUUUUUACAUUGAAAGCGUUUACCUGAAACGCUUUGGGUCCAUUUUGGUUUUACGUGGCAAAUCCUGAAGCUGUCAGGAUGCUUUGACGAUGUUUGACGGGGACCGAAUUAAACGUAACCAUUGAAGAAAGGUUUUAUAUUUGUUGGUGGAGGAUGUGGAAAUGCUACGCUCUUUGCCGAAUGUGAAGAUUUUUCCUUCUUAUAGUUUAUGGAGUUCCGUUGGUUUUAUUAAAUGCAUUUUUCUCAAAAUCUUGCUCUCCCUCUACAGCUCACUGUCAGGUUAAACAACAACAAGAGCACAAUUGAAGAGCCUCUCACUUUUCUCGAGAGCAGAGGUGUCCAAUUGUUUCUGAAAAGGGCCAAAGUGGGUUCACGUUUUAUUUUAGCCCCGUACUACGACGCCUAAUUAACUAAUUAACUGUGGUCUUCAGUCAGUGUCUUUGUGCUGGGGUAAAACAAAAAGCUGCACCCACACUGGCCCUUUUGGGAUAAGAUUGAACACCCCAAUCGAUUUGUACUGACAACAAUCAAGCGUAUCCACGAAGUGUUUUGGUGACGUGCCAGUAACUUCAGGCAAGUCCUCAAGAUGCGCAUUUUUCCGAGCCUCCGUGAGUUUACCGCUAGAGGGCAGUAAAACACUGAAGGAGUGACUAGUGCCUGAACGUUAUACCUGUAUAGUGUUCAAGGCUGUGGAUUUAAUACAAGCUGAAAAACAUUGAUUUGCCCUGUCAGUUUUAUUUCCAGUGAACUGUUGCUAUGUGGAAGUAUUGUAGAUUCUUCUGAUGUUGAUGUUAAAAAAAAAUCUUUUUAUGAUAUUUGUCAGAAGGGUCCUUGGCACACAUUCAAUAAACUACAAGGGUGAACAGUA